AUGGCAUAUGUAGGUGGAGACCAUGCAACCAAUGAUGAAGCUGCUGACCUAAAGUGGCGGUGGGAUCCUGUAACUACAUACAGUGACUGGAAGUUUGAGAUUGUGUACCAUCAUAGUGAUGAUGAGGAUUUUGAUGAAAACGAAGCCCAGGUCGACACAUAUCAUGUUCACAAGGUGCACCUUGCCUGUGGCAGCCGCAAGAGCACCUACUUCGCACGCCUCUUCCAAAACUGUGACAAAUUUUCAGAGGGAAAACAAUCCACCAGCUCCAUCCAGCUUCAUCAUCUGGCAGCCAAAGCAUUUCCUGACUUGCUUGACUACUUGUACGACCACAGCAUGGAACUGAAUAUCAGUGUGCAAACAGUAGUCCCACUGUAUCAUCUUGCGCAAUACUUUGAAAUUGACUCAAUGAGACGGGAUGCCCUCGAAUUUAUCAACAAGAAACUGUUGGUUACGGAUUGCCCCACCAUUGUUCAACAUGCCAUGAUCUUCAACGCUGAUGCCAUUCUUGAAGCUGCUGCUGCAUUGGUGGGCAAGAACAUUCGGAAAGUGCAGGAGGACAUGGCCAUUGUGAGAGAUAUCUUUUGCCCCCAAUUGUGGUUGCAAAUCUCCUCACAUGUCACGGACCACAGACGUUUCAGCACACGUAUAGCAUGGUUUAUUUACCAUCAUAAAGAGGCCUUGAAUUCUCGCACAUUUAUGGAGCUUACAAGCGAGAAGAACAUGCCUGCCGUUAGCUCGACUUCAGUUUUUGACUUUCUCUAUUAUGAAUGGAUUGUGUGUGGUUCUCGGAGCUAUUGCAACAAGUCGCUAACACCUCUCCAAAAGCGGUGCGUUUCUGUGAUUGCCGAACGUGGUGUGAAGUUUCCUGACUCCGCAUCCGCUGAAGAACAACUCUGGGAGGUGAUGCAAAAUAAUCCCACUCUUAUGAAAGAGCUUUUUCUACUUUGCAUCAAAGGUGGUAAUGCGUUCGGGGUGAGUAGGUGA